GACAUAUCCAAAUAACACAAAAAAGAAACUCCCCUCUAGCUCUGAUAUUCUACAGGCUCCACACCAUGCAUUGGCUCAUCAAGACUCUUACCAGAGUCUCCAAGUCCACCACCAACAAAACCAAACUAGACACCCUCCUCUUCUCACGCCAUUUCACUUCCAUUGCCACUGCAGAAACGGCCGAGUUAGGUCCCACAAAGGCCGGCGAGAAGCCCCGGGUGGUGGUCCUGGGGUCCGGAUGGGCUGGUUGCAGGCUCAUGAAGGACAUUGACACCAGCAUUUAUGAUGUUGUCUGUGUUUCUCCUAGGAACCAUAUGGUUUUCACGCCUCUUCUGGCUUCCACUUGCGUAGGCACGCUAGAAUUUCGGUCCGUAGCUGAGCAUAUAGGCCGCAUACAACCUGCCAUUUCAACCGAGCCUGGCUCAUAUUUGUUCCUGGCUAAUUGCACAGCUCUUGAUACUCAGAAGCACCAGGUGCAUUGCCAAACUGUAACCGAUGGAUUAGCAAAGCUGGAUCCAAGGAAGUUCAGAAUCUCAUACGACAAGUUGAUUAUAGCCUCUGGAGCUGAAGCUUCCACUUUUGGAAUCAAUGGUGUGAAAGAGCAUGCCAUUUUUCUACGCGAAGUUCAUGAUGCUCAGGAGAUCCGAAGAAAGUUGCUACUUAACUUGAUGAUGUCUGAUGUUCCUGGAGUUAGUGAUGAAGAAAAGCGUAGGCUUCUGCACUGUGUUGUGGUUGGAGGUGGUCCAACAGGAGUUGAGUUCAGUGGUGAAUUGAGUGACUUUAUUAUGAGGGAUGUUCACCAAAGAUAUGCUCAUGUAAAAGAUUACAUCCAUGUUACACUAAUUGAGGCUAAUGAGAUACUGUCAUCCUUUGAUGACCGUCUCCGGAAAUAUGCAACUAAGCAGUUAACCAAGUCAGGAGUCCGUCUUGUCCGGGGAAUUGUGAAGGAUGUUCAACCUCAAAACAUAGUUCUCACUGACGGAACAACUGUUCCAUACGGUCUGUUAGUAUGGUCUACCGGUGUUGGUCCCUCCCCUUUUGUACAAGCUCUGGACAUACCAAAAGCACCCGGAGGGAGGAUUGGAAUUGAUGAGUGGCUGCGUGUUCCCUCAGCCCCAGACGUGUUCUCCAUUGGUGACUGCUGCGGGUACCUUGAAAGUACAGGAAAACCAACCCUUCCAGCCUUGGCACAGGUUGCAGAGCGUCAGGGAUUAUAUCUAGCAAAAGUACUGAACACGAUAGGUAAAGCCGGGGGAGGUUAUGCAAAUGCUGCACAAGAGAUGGAAUUAGGCAAGCCUUUUGUGUAUAAACAUUUAGGAAGCAUGGCAACUGUUGGCAGAUACAAAGCUCUUGUUGACCUUAGGCAGAGCAAGGAAGGAAAAGGGGUAUCGAUGGCAGGGUUCGUUAGUUGGUUUAUAUGGAGGUCUGCGUACUUUUCACGCCUGGUGAGCUGGAGGAACAAGUUAUAUGUUGCAGUUAACUGGGCUACAACUGGUGCAUUUGGACGCGAUAUAAGCCGAUUGUAGUUUUCUCAGCAAAGAACAAAAAAUGUAACAUACAGUACAAUGCAUGAUUGUAUGCUUCAAAUAAUAGUUGCAGAAUAUAAAAAUCCCUUUUUUAAAAAAUCUGGGAAACUGGUA